AGCAAGAGAAAGGGGAAGAAGAAGAAGAAGAAGACGAUGCAGAGCUUAACAUCAAACGAAGUUGCGGGUUUCGCAGUAGGAGCUCUGCUUCUCGGUGCCACCCUCGUUGCUCCUAAAGUUGAUGCUUUCAUCGCCGCUUCUCAGAGAAGAUCUCUUGGCAUGUGCCGAAAAUGUGGAGAUCUUAAGAGCGUAGCGUGUGGCCGCUGCAAAGGAACAGGAACGAUCAAAUCAGGCGGAUUUUUUGGAUUCAGUGACUCAUCGAAUUUAAGAUCAGUCGCUUGCGAUAAUUGCCAAGCCAAAGGUUGUUUCCCUUGUCCCGAAUGCUCAAAAUCUUGACCGUUUUCUAAGGUAGAAUUACAGAGAUUGCUUCAAUACUAAAACUACUUUGUUUUCAUCUUCUUGACCUAUAUGAUAAUGUGUAAUCAGUCCAUCUGUAAUGUUGAAUUUGAGAAGCUUACUGCACCAAUUCUUGAUCA